AUGGAUAAAAGAUUGUGUAACCCAUGUUUAUUAGACGAGGCAAAGAACAAAGUGGAUGGGUUUUGUGUACAUUGUUUAGAAUAUUUGUGCAGCGCCUGCUGUCAUGAGCAUAGGAAGAACAGUGGUACGCGCGGUCACAAGAUCCUUACGGACAUAAACAUACCACAAGACGACAGUGUUUAUCAAGAAAUAGCGCGUCUACGAAAAUGUAAAGCUCGUCCUGAAAAAGAAGUUGAGUUUGAAUGUUCUGACCACGCGGAACUUCUUUGUGUCAACUGCUUCCUUAAUUCUCAUAGAAAAUGUGAGCAAAUAGUGGAGAUAUCUUUUAAAGAAACAACCGCCUCUUUAGAUACCAUCGCAAAAGAUUUGCCUGCGGAUGUACAACAACUUGAUACACGGAACACCUACGUAACGCAGUUGACAGACAGGAAACUGUCGAGUCUUCAGCAUCAAAAGACCAAAGUGAUGAAGGCUUGUUCGGAAUUCUCUGAAAAGGUAAAGAAACAUAUUGAUUCUCUGGAAGGUGAUGUCAAUGUAGAGAUAGAAAAGACUUUCGGUCAGGAUAUAUCCAUGUUACAAAAUGAUGCAACAGCGUUGAAAGUAAUACAAAAAGAAAUAUCAUUUACAAAAGAUAUGAUGAAAGCAGUUCAGGGUUAUGAGAGCAUCGUGAUCCGAUCGGUUGUCAGAAAAACAGUUGAUAUCAAAAUUCGAGAAAUUGAUAAAAGUCUAGAAAACAUUAAAUCGAGACCAUGUUCGUGUUAUUCAUUUGAGCCAGAAAAGAAAUUAAUACAAUUCCAUUCGCUUGGAAAAUUAGUUACAAACGAGUUGACUGAAUCUGCUAUCCUUGCUCUCGAUAAAGAAAUAUCAAGCGAAGCGGUUAUAGAUGCACCAAUGAUAGUCCAAAAUGCUGCUGGUUCAACUCCAGAAGAUAACACAACUGCCAGUAAGCUGAGCUCCGAAUCAGUUAGCAGCAAAUUGAUUGAAACAAAUACGAACACUGAAACCAAGUUCGAGAAGGGGUAUAUAGGAGUUGGCAUUGUCGUUGUUGUCGUCAUUGUCAUGGAGCUGGGGCAGAAGUACUGA